AUGAAAAAGCGCACUUUUUUCCCAUCUGAUGGUAAAGAGGAUUCUUAUCCUUUGCUGAUCAAGCGCAGAAAACUCGAAGCGAGUAGGAAACGCGCUCUACAGUUCAAAGAUGGAUAUCCAUUCCAAAUAAAAAGACAAAAAAUCGACAGCAGUCGCAAGGAAAUAUUGGAUCGAAUGCGCAUGAUUCAUGAAAAAAUGGAAAGAAUUGAAAGAAUCAAUAUGAAUUGGAUGCUGAAAAAUGCGGAAAGAAGGAGAUUAGCUGAAAAUGAUGAAGCUCAAAUCAUUAUUGAUGUUAUUAAUGGAAUGAUAAUGGAUGUGAUUGAAGCCGAAAUUUUGAAUAAUCUAAAUGAUAAUGUGAUGGUGGCUGAUCCGAUUGAUAUUCCGGAUGAAGAAGAUCGAAAGCAACAACAAGAACAAGUUAAUGUAAGUUACUGGAAUUAUAAUUUGACCAUACAUCAUGAUGUAUGGUUUCUCCCGGUCAGGGCCUCAAAAUUAGCCACCCCCGUAAUGUGAAAAUUCAAAAAUUAGCCAGACCCCCUCAAAAAAAAAAAUAGAAAAACUUGGUUUUUGGGCUGUAAAUUGUUAUUUUUUCAAAAAGUUAGCCGGUCCCCACGUCUUUUUUCCAAAAUAGCCAGACCCCCUCCGGACGAAAAUCCGGGGAUACUGAUGUAUGAAUUUGACAAUUUUUCGGUGGUUUCAAGGAGGAAAAACGGAGAUUUUCAAGGAGAAAAAUUUUUUAGGAUCAACCUGAAGCCCCGGCGAUGGAACCAGCUCCAAUUGUUGCAAAUAUUGUCCAUCUCGAACCCCAGAAGUCUAUUCAACAUCUCAAUCCUCAACCACGGAAUACGGCGGUGCAAAUUGAUUUUGGAAACGAGAUUGAGAUUGAGGUAUUGCCAGCUAUUCGCAUGGAAGCAGAAAUUGUCGAAUUGGAGCCAGAAAUCACAAUUCGAAUCAUGCAAGCGCCACCACCAAUUAUUGCUCAACAACAAGCUCCACCAGCGCCAAUUAUUGCACAAGCUGUCAACUUUCCGCAACCAGCUCAACUGAUUCCUCCACCAGCAGUUGUAGCUCCGGCACCGGCAGUCGCAGUUCCAGCGGUAGUAGCUCCUCCACCUGCCGCUGGACUUCAACCUGCAGCUCCAGCACCUGCAGUUCAAGCUUCACCUCCUAUUCCACAUACACCUGUCGCUGCUCAACGAGUGGGGCGCACUUACAUACUCGCCUUGCGGUUUUUUCAAUUUUAAUCAAUUUUUUUAAUUUCAAUCUAGGCCAAAAAUUCAGUUUUUCUACUAUUUAUGCAAAAAACAAGAGAUUCCAUAAGUUUUUUUUUUUGAAAAAUUGAUCGAUGACGUCAUCCAUGGCAAAAUUAGAAACCGUUCCUGAUUUCGCCACGAGUCAUUUUUUGAAUAACAGAAACAAGUGUCCCUUGCCUUUUCAAAAAACAAAAUCCCCAAUAUGAGCGCAAAGUACGUUGGGGCGCACUUUCUUGUUUUCCGGCGAAAAAAUUCGGCCAUUUUUGGUUUUUUGUUCUCAGCUACUUCAAAAAAUGUAUUCAGUAGAUCUUGAAACGGGAUCAUUUAUUCAAAUUUUCGUUAAAAACAUUGUCAUCUAUAAAAUGUCAUUUUUCGUUUUCGGUUCUUCCAUUUGCACAAUCUUAUAAUUCCCCUUCAUUUUCUUGGCUGUAAAUGUCGUAUUCCCAACUCGAUAAACCAAUAAAUUUUCUCCGCUCUCAAAAUUCUUCCACAGCCAUCUUAUAUUUUCCCACUUCCUCAAAUAUCCACCAAUUGUAAAAUAUUCAUCAAUCGGUUUCUUUGCCGCAUAACAAUUUCUACGCGUAUAUGGUAUGAGAUACGAAGUGCGGAAGCUGCCUCUUACCGCGUAUCGAUAUUUGGCCAAGAGUGACGCGGUUUUCAUCGCCUCUUGGUCAUCGAAUUCUUUAUGUUUGUUUUUAGAUGCCAGCUGCUAGCAAAAGGUGUCUGCCAGCACCAAAAGGAAGAACGAAGACAUUAACCCUGGAAGAGCUGGAAGAAGAACUGGCGGGGACAGGAAACACAAAGACUGAUGUUUCUGGUGGAAAUGUCAACGCCAAGGCGAAGAAUUCGAGAAUAUUGGAAAGUUCUUCGAACGAUCUAAACCCGAAAAGAGCACCAACUGAUGCAUCAAAAAAAUGCGAAUGUGCUAAAAAUUUCACAGGAGUUCAGAGGUAUGUAGACCAUUUUUAGGGCAGCCAGGAAAAAACCAGCUCUACGUUUCCGUGGCUGAAAUUUUUUAAUUGCACUCCACAAUCAAAACAUUUUCCUGGCUGACCUAACUCGUAAUUUGUCAUCUUCACCUAACCCGUAAUUUCCAGGCAACUAACCAUCGUUGCAUGUCGUCUAGAUGCUCUUGGUCGAAUGGUGCAUUCUCGUAAGUAUACGAGUCUCUUCCAAAAAAAUGCCGCAAUUCGUGAAGGGAAAUUGACUGCUGAAAUUGAAAGGCUCAAAUUGAUAUUGUAUGACAAUCAAAUUUUUUUUAAAGUUUUUAUCGUUUAAUUUUGUAUUACAUUAACUGCUUUAAAAAUAUGACUUGUAUUGAUGUGAUUGAAAAUGAGGUUCAUGAUAGACCUUGAUAUAUUUGGUUUUGUUUUAAUGAGGAGUUGAAUUGGAUUCUAAUUAUUUAUGUCUGUUCUUAGAUGCCACCCGCGAAAAGGAAGUCACAAUGUUUGCCAGCGCCAAAAGAAAGAAUGAAAACAAUCACCUUGAAAGAGCUCGACGAAGAACUGGAGGAGAGAAUCAGCGGAGGAACGAGUGAUGGGAUUUCGAUUGCUCUCACUGAAAAGGAGAAAAAUUCGAUCGGUAGGUCAUUUACUCUAAACUAAUUGGGAACAUAUUUUUGAUGAUAAGAGUGUGUCCGAGACACAAUUUCAAUACUCAUCUAAAAAUAUAAUCAACAAAAAGUAAGUCUGUUGAUAAUUUAUUCCAACCAGGAAGACGUCUUCCUGGCUGGAAUAAAUCCUCAUAGUCUAAACCACCUGGCUCCUGAAAUUAUUAGAGACAGUUACUGUUUUUCAGCAAAAACUGAACAAUUGAUCAAAGGAAAAGCCAUCAGUGCGAAAUUUGAAAGUCAGUUGUUAGCCGAUUUGGACGAUUUAUUGCUCACUGCACAACAACUCGACACUGAGAGGAUGUGUAUUAGAUGUUUCCGGAUGGACUGUGGCGAAAAUUGCAACGUCUAUGAUGGAAGCGACGCAAUGGUCCGUGUCCGAAAUGUAAUUGAAUAUACGUGUAUCAUCAAUGAUGGCCGAUAUCCACGAAAAUUGCAAGGAAAACAAUUAAAAAUGCUCAGAGAAUUGGUGAUCGGUGCAAGAUUUUCAUCUUCAGCAAUCUCCAACGCACAUCUCACGAUCUCUCAAAAAAAGGCGUGCGAAGACAUCAUGGAAAAACAGUUGGAAAUAAUCAGAACCCUUCCAGAAGCUUAUGACUAUUACAGCCUAAAGAAACACAGGCGAACAACGUCAAAUGCAUCGCUGGUCUUGAAUUCGAUGCCGACAGCAAUCGAAAUUGUAAAUGGAUCUGUGGAUGUUUCGAAACCUUCGUUCAAUAUGUCUGACAGAGUUGCAGGCCUCGUCAGCACUCUUGCCAAGAUUGAAAACUCCAAUAAUUCAAGUGCAGAAAAGCUGUUGAGAAUGUGUAAAUUGAGGAAAAAUAAAAGGAGGGAUAAACUGAAGGAGGAGAAAGAUAGGUUUGUAGAUGAAAAUCUGAAAUCAUUCGCAACGGAAUAUUUGAAAUACCCAAAACAAUGUCAACAAGCUCUGGAGAAUCUUCAAAUAUUGCUCGAAGAUGUUUGCAAAGGAUCCGACAUAAGUAAAAUAUUCGAAAACCCAUCACACCAACAUCAGAGGCUAUUCGAAAUCAUUUUCUUUGCUCUCAAUAUCUAUCCAGUUGUUACAGUGAGUUUUUCCUAUUGUAAAAAUUGGUAUCCUAAUAUCAAUAAGUGAUUAAAAAAAUGAGAAGGCCAAUGUUCAGUGCAGCCAAGAACACGUUUCCCUGGCUGAAAAGAAAUUUUUUGUCUAAAUCACUUCAGAUAAUGUAGAAGGUAAACAUUAAAAAUAAACAAUAUCCAAAAUAAAUAAUAUCCAAACAAAUAUCCUAAAAAGUGAGCUAGACAAUGAGGAGUCCAAUUUUCACUAUAGUCAGGGGAACGGUUUCCUGGCUGCACGAAACAUUGGCCCUUUAAAACAAUAAAAUUUACAGAUCGGAUUUAGAACCAAUACCAACCAACAAAUUCACUUCGAUUCACGACUGAAGUCAGCCUGCGGGAAUUAUCUCGACAUCGAAAAUUCGAAGAAGCUGCUCACAAAUGAAAAUAAAGUGACGGUGUUUGAUGGAGAAAACAACAAAUGGGACACGGGUCGACCAAUUUUCACGUAUUUCGAUAAAAUCGAGAAAAGCAAGAAUGGCACCCGCCUUUGUGUGCCUUUUCCACCGAACACUGUUUACUUCGUAUCUUUCUUACGGUAUGUUUUCAUGCAACUGAUGCAACAAAAAUUUAUUAUUAUUUUAGUCAAUACGAAUUAUAUGGCGGAAAAAGGAAUUUGAUUGAACUUUGGAGAAGAAAUGCAACGGAAAUUCGGAAGCUGGGGAUCUCAUUAUUCCGAACACGCAUGUUUCUACAAUUUCUCGAUGUCAAUCAAUUCGGAAAAUUGAAGAAUUUGAGGUAACUGACAAUGAGCCAGGAAAACGUUUUCCUGGUUAGACCUAGGGCUAGGGCUAGGCUUAGGCUCCCCCUUUUUAUUUGAACCAGGAACACAUUUUUCUGUCUCAAAUGAAAAAGGGGGAGCGUAAGCCUAAGCAUAGGACUAGGUCUAGGUCUAACCAAGACCAGGCCAGGAAAACGUUUACCUGGUUCACAUGAAAAUUGCCCUCAUUGUCUAACCCACUUCAUAUAACAGAACUUUGGUUUGCACCGCUUUCGCGAACGCGGGAGGUUCGCCAUUGGUUUUGGAAGACGAUCCGCAAAUCCGCGGCCAUUCCGCUAAGACAGUCAAACGAAACUAUUUGAAUGGCGAUGGGCGCCAGCUGUUUCUCCGUGUCAGGCAACAAUUCAAUAACUAUUUGGUUGCUUUCAAACGGCUCACAAAUAGCAUAAUAAAAAUUCGAAACUCCCACGGUUUCGCUUCUUAUAAGCCAUUUUAUCUUGCAAUAUAUAUUCAAAAUGAAAAAUCACAUUUUUCUCUUAAUAUUGAUCCUCUCUGUAUAUUCCUCCGACUCAUCAAAAGCUCUCGAAGCUGCUACCAAAUUGAACAACGCCUAUACAUCGCUCAAAACUCGCGAAGAAUACAAAAAACUGGUGGACAGUCGGUUGAUGGCGGUUGAGACGAUCAAAGCGCAUAAUAUGUCGGAUCUACAGAUUUUGUUGUUUUCGAAACGUACACCGGGUUUUCGAGCAACUGAUGUGACAAGUGCGGUUUUUAGCGAUGCAAAAUGACAUUGACUUAUCGAGUUCGAAAUGGAGAUGUGGAAAUUGUUGCGAAAAAGGUUGAUGGACAAUGGAUGUUUGUGUCGGAGAAGAAUUUUUUGUGA